AUGCUUCCAUAUGUUGGCCGGAUCAAAAGAUUUUGGUUGACUUUAUUUCUCAUCACUUUUCAAUUCAAUAAAGCUCAUUCAUUUGUCGACAUCACUCAUUUUGAUCUCGUUGAGAGACCACUUCAACCGUGGCUUUACUCGGGAAAAUAUCAAGGAGACAUUGAUGUUGACAGCUCACUUCUUCGAGAACCAGAUGAAUUUGUCUAUUUUAAUGCCGUCAAAAAUAGAGAACAAACCUGGCCGAAUGGAGAGAUUCCCUAUGUAAUCGAUUCAGCUUUUUAUCUCGAAUUGAGAUCUCAAAUUGAAUCUCAAUUUUCUCAAAAUUUAUCUAUUUUGGCCUUUUCCGAGCGUCAUCUCAUCCGCGCUGCCUUCACGAGUUUCCACAAUCGAACGUGCAUUCGAUUUCGACACAAAAGAAGAUAUGAACAGGAUUAUCUCAAUAUUGUUAGAGGAAAAGGAUGUUAUUCUCAAAUCGGGCGAACUGGCGGGAAACAAGAAAUCUCGCUUGGUCUUGGAUGUCAUCAUCAUGAAACGAUCGUCCACGAGUUGAUGCAUUCUGUUGGAUUUUGGCAUGAACAUUCAAGAGCAGACAGAGAUGAUCACGUGCAAAUCAACUGGGCAAACAUCAUUCCUGGAGCGAAAUCUCAAUUCGACAAAAUCCCACGUUUUAUUCAAGAUCUAUUAGAUGAACCUUACGAUUACUUCUCUGUGAUGCACUAUGAGGCGACGGCUUUUGCUACAAAUGCCCGAUAUUCGAUUGAAAGUAAAGAUGAGAAAUUGACGGAUUUGAUGGGAACUGGCACGGAUCUCAGCUAUGGUGAUAUAAGAAAAAUCAACAAGCUCUACAAUUGUCAAAUGAUGGGGAAAGAUGAAAAAAUCUCAAAAUUCCGCCAAAUUCUUGAGCUCGGCUCGCGAAAAAUCGAGAAAUCUGUGGAAAUCGAGACUACUGAAGAAAAAAAGCUCACUAUUGAGCCUGAUGAAUACGAGCCGCAGGACCCGGAAGAGAUUCUGCGAAUUGUCGAAAUCGAA